AUGACUGGAGUAUUCGACCGGAGGAUCCCGAGUGUGAAGCCUGCAGAUUUCCAGAGCUCCUUCCAACUCUCCGCCAUGCACCACCCGUCUCAGGAAUCUCCCACUUUACCCGAGUCCAGCGCCACGGAUUCCGGCUACUACAGUCCCGCCGGCGGAGUCCCGCACGGGUACUGCUCGCCGGGCACCACCACGUACGGGAAGCCGCUGAACGCCUACCAGUACCAGUACCCGGGGGUGAACGCGUCCGCUGGAAAUUACUCCACAAAAUCCUACACCGACUACAGCUCGUACACGACACCCGCCUACCACCAGUAUGCAGGGACUUACAGCCGAGUCCAAGCCCAGCCGAGUCCACAAGAAAAAGAGAUAAGCGAGCCCGAGGUGCGGAUGGUGAACGGCAAGCCGAAGAAAGUGAGGAAGCCCCGGACUAUUUACUCGAGCUUCCAGCUGGCCGCCCUGCAGAGGCGGUUUCAGAACACACAGUACCUGGCGCUGCCGGAGAGAGCCGAGCUGGCUGCCUCCAUGGGACUCACGCAAACACAGGUGAAGAUUUGGUUCCAGAACAGGAGAUCCAAAAUGAAAAAGAUCAUGAAAAACGGGGAUCUUCCACCUGAUCACAGCCCCAGCUCCAGCGACCCACUGGCGUGCAACUCCCCACAGUCCCCGGCCGUGUGGGACACACAGGGCCCCCCCAGGCCGCACAGCCUACAGCCACAGAGCAUCAACACGACGGCCUCUAACUUUUUGGAAAACUCGGGGUCGUGGUACACCUCGGCCGCUGGCUCCAUGGCCGCCCACCUGCAGACCCCUAACUCGAUACAGCACUCACUUGCUCUUGGAGCGGGGACGUUAUAUUGA